AUGGUCUUGGAAAGUACUAUGAUUUGUGUGGAUAACAGUGAUUAUAUGAGAAACGGAGACUUCCUUCCGACAAGACUGCAGGCACAGCAAGAUGCAGUAAAUCUGGUAUGUCAUUCUAAAACCCGAUCAAAUCCUGAAAAUAAUGUGGGAUUAUUGACGUUAGCCAAUGUAGAAGUAUUAGCUACAUUAACCAGUGAUGUAGGCCGCAUCAUGUCCAAGUUGCACCGUGUCCAGCCCAACGGUAACAUCAAUCUUCUGACUGGUAUCAGAAUUGCUCACUUGGCACUGAAGCAUCGCCAGGGUAAGAACCACAAGAUGCGCAUCGUUGUUUUCGUCGGCUCGCCCGUCGAAUCUGACGAGAAGGAAUUGGUCAAACUGGCUAAGAGGCUGAAGAAAGAAAAGGUAAACUGCGACGUCGUAUCAUUCGGGGAAGAUGCAGAGAACAAUCCACUACUGACGACAUUUGUUAACACUCUGAAUGGUAAGGACAGCGCUACAGGAGGCAGCCACCUUGUAUCUGUUCCAGCUGGAGGCUGUGUCGUUCUCUCUGAAGCCUUGAUUUCCAGUCCAUUGAUUGGAGGUGAUGGAGCAGGCCCAUCUGGUUCAGGUUUAUCUCCAUUCGAAUUUGGUGUUGAUCCAAAUGAAGAUCCAGAACUAGCACUUGCUCUGCGUGUAUCUAUGGAAGAGCAAAGACAACGCCAAGAGGAAGAGUCACGUCGCCAACAAACCAACACCGAAGGAGGAGAGGCAGGCAAGACUGCAGAACCUCAAAACACUGGUAUGGAAAGAGCAUUAGCUAUGUCUCUAGGUCAUGAAGCUAUGGAGUUAUCUGAAGAAGAGCAGAUUGCACUUGCAAUGCAGAUGAGUAUGCAACAGGAGGCACCUCCAGCAGAGGAAAGCAUGGAUGUGGCAGAGGAAUAUGCUGAGGUUAUGAAUGAUCCUGCAUUCCUACAGAGUGUACUGGAAAACCUCCCAGGAGUAGACCCUCAUAGUGAAGCUAUCAGGAAUGCCAUGUCCACCAUAAAGAAGGACAAGGAUGAGAAAGAUGACAAGGAUCAAAAAGACAAGGAUAAGGAUAACAAGGGACCUGGCUCCAGUUCUAAGUAA